AUGAAAUUCCUUAUCGCGUUCCUCGUCUCAGUAGUAGCCUUCGCCUCAGCUGCUGUUAUCGACCCGGAGAUCUCGCUCUUGAGGCGUGAGCUUGAGGACGCCGCCGCCACUGUCGAUGCCGACGUCGAUAUCGCCGACCACGCGCUUCCUGAUGGCAGCAAGAAGUUCGAUAUUACUAUUGAUGGCGUCUAUGAGGGCUCUGUGAUUGAAUCCCAGAACGGCACAGUUCAGAUAUUUGAUGUCGACGGAAACGAGAUUGACGCCGAUGACCUCGAUGAAGUCGAUGAGACCAUUUCGGAGGAUGGCACUGUUGUGAAGCGUAAUCUCUUCAAGUUCCUUCGCGCCUUGGCUGGACCCAUCAGGAAGUAUGGCUCUAAGUUCCUGAAAUAUGGCAAGUGUGUGGGAUACAGAACCAUGAUUGAGUGCGCCGAGCACGUCGGAGACUGUGCUAGGCAGGGAAUCCUGCCUUGGUAUUGUCUCCCUCUUCAGUGGUGCGCUGGUGUGCGGGCUAAGAAUUGCCGAUGGUAA